AUGAAAGAAAAUCAGUAUUACUCCACCAGCAUUACUCCACCAGCAUUACUCCACCAGCAUUACUCCACCAGCAUUAUUCACCAGCAUUACUCCACCAGCAUUACUCCACCAGCAUUAUUCACCAGCAUUACUCCACCAGUAUUAUUCACCAGCAUUACUCCACCAGCAUUACUCCACCAGCAUUACUCCACCAGCAUUACUCCACCAGCAUUACUCCACCAGCAUUACUCCACCAGCAUUAUUCACCAGCAUUACUCCACCAGCAUUACUCCACCAGCAUUACUCCACCAGCAUUACUCCACCAGCAUUACUCCACCAGCAUUAUUCACCAGCAUUACUCCACCAGUAUUAUUCACCAGCAUUACUCCACCAGCAUUACUCCACCAGCAUUACUCCACCAGCAUUAUUCACCAGCAUUACUCCACCAGCAUUAUUCACCAGCAUUACUCCACCAAUUAUUCACCAGCAUUACUCCACCAGCAUUACUCCACCAGCAUUACUCCACCAGCAUUACUCCACCAGCAUUAUUCACCAGCAUUACUCCACCAGCAUUAUUCACCAGCAUUACUCCACCAGUAUUAUUCACCAGCAUUACUCCACCAGCAUUACUCCACCAGCAUUACUCCACCAGCAUUACUUCAACAGCAUUAUUCACCAGCAUUACUCCACCAGUAUUAUUCACCAGCAUUACUCCACCAGCAUUACUCCACCAGCAUUACUCACCAGCAUUACUCCACCAGCAUUACUCCACCAGCAUUACUCCACCAGCAUUACUUCAACAGCAUUAUUCACCAGCAUUACUCCACCAGUAUUACUCCACCAGCAUUACUCCACCAGCAUUACUCCACCAGCAUUAUUCACCAGCAUUACUCCACCAGCAUUACUCCACCAGCAUUACUCCACCAGCAUUACUCCACCAGCAUUACUCCACCAGCAUUAUUCACCAGCAUUACUCCACCAGCAUUACUCCACCAGCAUUACUCCACCAGCAUUAUUACUCCACCAGCAUUAGCAUUACUUCACCAGCAUUACUCCACCAGCCACCAGCAUUACUCCACCAGCAUUACUCCACCAGCAUUACUCCACCAGCAUUACUCCACCAGCAUUAUUCACCAGCAUUACUCCACCAGCAUUACUCCACCAGCAUUACUUCACCAGCAUUACUCCACCAGCAUUAUUCACCAGCAUUACUCCACCAGCAUUACUCCACCAGCAUUACUCCACCAGCAUUACUCCACCAGCAUUAUUCACCAGCAUUACUCCACCAGCAUUAUUCACCAGCAUUACUCCACCAGCAUUACUCCACCAGCAUUACUCCACCAGCAUUUCCACCAGCAUUACUCCACCAGCAUUACUCCACCAGCAUUAUUCACCAGCAUUACUCCACCAGCAUUAUUCCACCAGCAUUAG